AUGGCGAAGGAAGACGAGAAGAAGCCCACCGCCGCCGCCGACAAGGGCAAGGGCAAGGCAGUCAACGGCGGGGCAGACCAAAAGGACGACACAAAGGCAGAUGGCAAGGACAAGAAGGUCGAGACCACGGGCGAGGAGCUCAGCGAAGAAGAUCAGCAGCUGAAGAACGAGCUGGACAUGUUGGUGGAGCGGAUACUGGAAUCCGACGCCAGCCUGUACAAGCCCGCGCUCGACCAGAUCAAGGAGUUCAUCAAGACAUCGACGAGUUCCAUGACAGCAGUGCCCAAGCCGCUCAAGUUCCUACGACCCCACUACGAGAGCCUCGAGAAGCAGUAUGCGUCGUGGCCUGAGGGCGAGAACAAGCAAUCGUUCGCCGACAUGCUCUCGGUGCUCGGGAUGACAUACUCGGACGAAGAGCGCCUCGACUGCCUGAAGUACCGCCUGCAGGCGCCAUCCACAGACCUGGGUUCGUGGGGACACGAGUACAUGCGCCACCUUGCGCUCGAGAUUGGCAGAGAGUUCCAGAACCGCAUGAACGACGACAAGUCAACCGACGACGUUACCGACCUCGCCUCCAACCUCGUCCCUUUCUUCCUCAAGCACAACGCCGAGGCGGAUGCGGUAGACAUCCUCUCCGAGCUGGAGAUGAUUGACCAAAUCGAGCAGUACAUUGACGAGAAUACAUAUGCGCGCGUCUGCUUGUACAUGGUUGGUAUCGUGCCACUGCUCACAUACCCUGACAAUGACAAGUUCCUCCGCACCGCAUACCAGAUCUACCGCAAAUACAAACAGUACACACAGGCAGUGGCUUUGGCGAUACGUCUGAACGACAGAGACCUGAUUGAGGAGGCGUUUAACUCGACCAAGGACAAGGCAAUCCGGAGACAGAUGGCAUUCCUCAUUGCGCGACAGCGUAUCUGGUUCGAUGUGUCGGACGAUGAUGACACAGAGCUCCAGGAGUGCCUAAACAACUCCAGAUUACCAGACCACUUCAAGGCGCUCGGCAAGGAGCUGAACAUCCUCGACCCCAAGACACCAGACGACAUCUACAAGACACAUCUCGAGAGCAGCCGGACUGCGGGUCUGACCAACACCGACUCGGCGAGACAUAAUCUUGCAUCGGCGUUCGUCAACGCAUUCGUCAACACCGGUUAUGGCAAUGAUAAGCUCAUGUUGAACUCGGACAGCAAGAGCAGUUGGGUUUGGAAGACCAAGGAGGAGGGCAUGUUGUCGACUACAGCAUCGCUGGGUAUGCUGAUGUUGUGGGAUGUCGAGACUGGUCUCGAUAAGAUUGACCCGUACACGAACGUCGACGACGAUAUGGUCAAGGCCGGAGCCAUGCUUGCCACGGGUAUCUUCAACUCUGGCGUCCGUAUGGACUCCGACCCUGCCUUGGCUCUGCUGGGCGACGAGGACAACCUUGCACACAAGAACAAGAACAUCCGCCUCGCCUCCAUCAUGGGUCUUGGUCUGGCGUACGCUGGUUCGAACAAGGAAGAGCUCCUUGAGCUCCUCCUGCCAAUUGUCAGCGACACGAGUCUCGACAUGCAGCUUUCUGCUAUGGCUGCGCUGUCACUUGGUCUGAUCUUCGUUGGUUCUGCCAACGGUGAGGUCACAGAUGCGCUAAUGAACACUCUCUUGGAUGAGGACCGAUCAAGCCAACUCAAGGAUAAGUGGACACGCUUCAUGUCUCUCGGCCUCGCGCUGCUCUUCUUUGGUCAACAAGAGGAGGUUGACGUCAUCCUGGAGACCCUGAAGGCGCUCGAUCACCCCAUGGCAAAGUCUGCCUCCGUCUUGACAGAGGUUUGUGCGUGGGCUGGUACUGGUGCAGUCUUGAAGAUCCAGCAGUUGCUCCACAUCUGCAACGAGCACAUUGAAGAUGACAGCGAAGAGAAGAACGGCGACGAGUUGCUCCAGUCGUAUGCUGUCAUCGGUCUGUCGCUGGUUGCGAUGGGUGAGGAUGUCGGCCAGGAGAUGAUCCUCCGAACCCUGGGCCACUUGAUGCACUAUGGUGAGGCCAACAUCCGCAAGGCUGUUCCCCUCGCACUGGGUCUCAUCAGCCCGAGCAACCCCCAGAUGAAGAUCUACGACACACUAUCACGAUACUCUCACGACAAUGACAACGACGUUGCGAUCAACGCCAUCUUCGCCAUGGGUCUGUGUGGUGCUGGCACCAACAAUGCCCGUCUUGCACAGCUCCUCCGUCAACUGGCAAGUUACUACCACCGCGAUCCCAACGCUCUGUUCAUGGUACGCAUCGCCCAGGGUCUCCUGCACAUGGGUAAGGGAACACUUUCCGCCAACCCCUUCCACACCGACCGCCAGGUUCUCUCUCGUGUCGCAGCCUCAGGUCUGUUGACCGUCCUUGUUUCGCUCAUCGAUGCCAAGUCGUUCAUUGUUGGCGACUCACAUUUCCUCCUUUACUACCUGGCGACAGCCAUCUCGCCGCGUUUCCUCAUCACCCUUGACGAAGAGCUCAAGCCGCUCACCGUCAAUGUACGCGUUGGUCAGGCUGUCGACAUUGUGGGGCAAGCUGGUCGACCGAAGACCAUCACCGGCUGGCAGACACAGAGCACACCUGUUCUGUUGGCACAUGGUGAGAGGGCUGAGUUGGAAGACGAGAAGUAUCUGAGCUUGACAAACGUGUUGGAGGGUGUGGUGAUUCUGAGAAAGAACCCUGAAUGGGAAGACUAA